AUGUGUAAGCGUCUUUUAUGUGAAAUGUCUUAUUCAGGUCAGUACUAAAUAAACAAAAGCAUGCAUUUUGUAUGAUCCCUCUUAUUUUGGUAAAAUAAUUAACAUUUUUAAUGAUUCUGAAAGGGGGAUUCAACUGUAAAUGUAACAUUGCAUGACGUUGUUUACAAGCCGUUUUUCUAUGCUUGAACUGCUGAAUGAACGAUUACAUGAAACAUGAUUCUUUCAACGUGCCUUCUGAUGUCCGUGCACGUUUAGUUCCUGUUAUAACUAGAAAAGAGGAACAAAUGAUCACUUCAUGUACACUCUUCACUGCGGCGGUACAGCGAUCUGUCACAUCUCAGGAAAGAGCAUCAAAAUGUCAUCUAUCGUUUGAAUUUCGUGCUGAAAUUGACAGAAUUUGAAAGCUGAGGCUUUGUACCACAUGAAAGGUAGCGAAGCACAAAGCUUACUGUGUUUAUUGGUAGCAUACGCUCUACAAAUAAUAUUUAGUGAUGUUUUGAAGCUGCAUCCAAUGAAAACAUCAAAUAUUGGAUAAAUGAAGAUCAAGUUGAUUAAUGAAUACAACGGUUCAUAGUUACUAAAUCUGUCAAGCUCCAAAAAUGACAAAUAACCCAAAUACAGCACCAUAAAAUUAGUCCAUAUGGCUUUUGCACUAUAUUCCAAAAUGCCCUUAAAAUGCUAUGUGUAGAAAAACAGGCCAACAUUUCAGAUGUUCACAGAUGAUGGCAAUUUGAGGGUGUUGAACAAUUGAUGUUUGAUUUCUGACAUAGCUGUAAUGAUCACUGAUCAAUGCUGAUUUUGAAACCUUACAAACAUAAAAAGUGAGUCAUUCAUAUAGUUUGUUUUUGCACGUCCUGUACUUUUCUAGGGUGAGAGAAAACUCGCUAGGGUUACCACGGCGUGUAUGUAAGCGCUGUACUUCCUGAGUUAGAAUUAUAUUGUGGUUAGGCAGCUCACCUUAAAAGGGGAAGCGCAGUUUGCGGUCAUAAACGCCCCUGACAGACUCUAUUAGCACGAAUGAUGAAUCGUUCUGUGUUCGGUGUGACAGCGACCUGCCGAAGGUUUAGGUGUCACUCUGUGUCUCUUCUGUCCUCCUCUGAGCAGCCAUGGGAAACCAUUUCUCCAUCAUUGACCGUAGCAAAAUGCCAUUGGGAGGGGAUGGACACUCUUGGAAAAAGAAAACGGCGAACAUCAAGGACAUCUAUGACUUUAAAGAGGUUUUGGGAACAGGGGCUUUUUCUGAGGUGAUGCUCGCAGAGGAGAAGAGGACGAGAAAACUAGUGGCGAUAAAAUGCAUCCCGAAAAAAGCAUUGGAGGGGAAGGAGAACAGCAUUGAAAACGAGAUCGCCGUGCUCCACAAGAUCAAACAUGCCAACAUAGUUUCCUUGGAGGACAUCUUUGAGAGUAAAUCACACCUCUACCUUGUCAUGCAACUAGUGUCUGGUGGCGAACUCUUUGACAGGAUUGUGGAAAAAGGAUUUUACACGGAGAAAGACGCCAGUAAGCUCAUCCAGCAGAUCCUGGACGCUGUGAAGUACCUGCAUGACAUGGGCAUCGUGCACAGAGACCUGAAGCCAGAGAACCUGCUGUACUACAGUAUGGAUGAAGACUCCAAAAUCAUGAUCAGUGAUUUUGGCCUGUCAAAGAUCGAGGGUUCGGGUAGUGUGAUGAGCACAGCGUGUGGCACGCCUGGAUAUGUAGCACCUGAGGUUCUGGCACAGAAGCCGUACAGUAAAGCAGUGGACUGCUGGUCAAUCGGGGUCAUCGCUUACAUUCUUUUAUGUGGCUAUCCACCAUUUUACGAUGAGAAUGAUGCCAAGCUCUUUGAGCAGAUCCUGAAGGCAGAGUAUGAGUUCGAUUCGCCGUACUGGGACGAUAUCUCUGACUCAGCCAAAGAUUUUAUUGUGCAUUUAAUGGAAAAAGAUCCCAACCAGCGUUACACGUGUGAACAGGCUCUUCAGCACCCAUGGAUCGCUGGAGACACAGCGUUGGAUAAGAAUAUCCAUGAAUCUGUCAGUGCCCAAAUUAAGAAGAACUUUGCCAAAAGCAAGUGGAAGCAAGCAUUUAAUGCCACAGCAGUAGUUCGUCACAUGCGCAGGCUGCAGUUGGGAACCAGUCAGGAGGGCCAAACGCAGACCACCCUGCCCAGCCCGUGCCAUGGGGAUAUGCUGCUGCCCGAGGGGGACGAGGAAGAGAGCUCUCCGCGGAGGGAAAAUAGUGGCUGUUCUGAAGGUGUGAGUGAUGGGAAUGACAUCCAGAACUGCACCUACCACGUGCAUCCUACUAGUCGGGUCUGAGUGUCAAUCAUCCAGCAGUAACCAAUGACUGACUGUCCUGUUUUUCCACUGGAGUCCUGCCACACCCCCAGUCUGGCCAGGAAUACUGAGUAGCUCCAGCAUCCUGCCACUCGGAGGCGCUGCAGUGUAAAGAACCCAGGUGGGAAUGGGGUCACUACUAUUCCAAUGGAGGGAUUCUGUUUAAUGAGAGCUCGAAAAGAGACAAGAAGAUUGCCACAGGCGCUUCAUGGGUAAUAUAUGCUAUUGUGGGAGCUGGAUAGAGAUUGGACAGUGUUUUAACUCAUUUUUUAAAAACAACACCGUCUACUUUUAUUUUUUUUGCUUUUCCUCAACUAAAAGUCCACAGGCGCAUUUCUCUGAAUUUAAAAUGCAAGUUCUUGCCACAUUGGCUGUUGGUAUGCGGCCUUGUUUAAUACACAUAAAUUUUAGAUUUGAUGGCAUUUUAUGAGAUUAUGAAUUUUGGCAUUAGCUUAUGCUAAGAUUGUCCAUUUUAAAUGUACAUCUCCAUCUUAAACGUUAAACAUUGUUUCUUUUCAAAAGGUACGAAGAAAUUUCUACAUAUUAGUUGUUGCCACAUCUCAGUUGCUUUGUACUUUCAUAAGAGGAGCUGAUUAACUGUAAAUCACAUUUUAGUUUGUGUUUGAAAUGUCUUUUUUACAUUUAACAUCAUUUGGUACACUAAAAGUCUACUCAACAGAUCAUUCAGUCAGUAUGUUUAAGAGCGUCUUUCUCGCUUCAAAUGUUUUCUGUGGUGCCUUCAUGGAUUUAGUAUCAAUGUUUUACUUUUUUAAACAUGUUUUGAUCUUUUCAGUUGGGAAUGUUGGAAGCUGUACGUGUUAAAACAUUGCUGUUUACCGUCAAAUUCACCUACAUGGCAUGUACAGCUAUUCUAAGCUAUGCACUGUCGGUGGACGCUUUGUAAAUGUCUAAUGUUUAAUGCUGCCAUCCUGUAAAUAUCGCAACGCUUUUGUUUUUUGUAAACCCCUUUCUAUUACAACAUUAAAAGUACUCAGGGGAGGAACUGAAAUCAGAGAAUUUUGAUAUAUUAAAUGGUCAUUUUACAAGAAAAAACCUAUAGGAUACUGAAGACGCGUCACUACGAGGCUGUGGUCCAAAUUAUUUAAAUAUAUUUGACAAUUUGGAUUCUUUUCAAUGUUGGAACCUGUAUGAAAGUAACCUCUAUUAAACAACAUGAAUGUGUGACUUGACUCCAAUUUUAUUGUUUUGUUUGUUUCCAUUCACUGCCAUCCAGGGAAAAAAAAAAACAUUAGAUGGAAAAGCUGUUUUCAAAAAAAGAAGUCACAUAAUAGGAAACUCCAGAUGUUUGUGGAGAAAGUUUUUCACAAGUUUGUGGGAAGAUGCUGGUUUUCCAUAAUGCAUUGCAAGACAUCUAAGUUUUUUUGUUUUGUUUUGCUGUUAGUGAAUAUGAAUAUUCAAAAAAAAAAAAUGUGUUUAUGCUGUUAAUAUGUAGUGCUAAAUUCUUAAAUGAUACCAAAAGCUUUGGAUCAAAUGGUAUUGUAAAAGUACAUACAGAUAUCAUGCAAGCUUGAUUUGUGACAGCAGCAGUUUCAUAGUCCCGUUGUCAUUUCCGGAAGGUUAUCAUCACAACGUAUGUAGAACCAUUGGUUAAACUCUUUAUUCUGGUGCUGACUGGCUUUUAAAGAUGUGCAAAGAUCUGUUUACCAAUACAUAAGGAAAUGUGAGUUUGGAAAAAAAUAUAUAUAUAUAUAUAUAUUCAUUAAGUUAUAACUCGCAAAUAAAAAAAAAGAAACUAUAACUUUUUUAAUGAACAAUUAUUUGAUUAAAACAUGGUGGUUAAUGUCUGGUUUUAUAUCUGUAUCUGCUUUCUGGAUUUAUCUUACAUGUGUGGUGAAGACGGAUUAAAAUUCAAGUUUCAAAAAGUAUAAACCAUUUAUAGUAAAAGGCGAUGUGUCGUGUGAUUUUGCCUGCAGUGUCGCUUGCACAGAUUUCCUGUAUUGAUUUAAGAUGCCAAUAUGAGAUGGGUCAAAGAAUAAAUUCAGUGGAACUGGUCAGAUGUUUCUGCGGUAGCCCUUUACAUGCUGUGGCAUUUUCAAAAAUAUAUGUUUGAUUGCACAGGUGGCAUUAUGUACAUUGUGUGAUAUUUCCUACUGAUCGUAGUUGCAACAGUGAAAAUGAGAAUUUGCUAUCCAUAUCGAUAUUAAUAUAGUCAGAAGCAAAGGAUAUACACACACUUUUUGAUCACGAUAAUAAAUUGGUCCAGUCUCUCUAAACCUCUGAAAUUAUUGUCCUGUUUAGCAUCAAGACAGUUAGCAAGGUAAAUCGUAGUACACAGUACAACACGUUCUUCAUUCUCACACAAACGUGUUAUGCUGUUUUAAAAGGUUGAAUGUGUAAGUACAGAUGCAUAUGUUGCUAUGUGUAUUUAGGCAUGGUUUGGUGAUUUAUGUACAUACAUAAAAAAGAUUAUUGUAAAUACACAGAUAAAUGCAUUUACUCACAAAUAUAUGCUAUUGUUAAAUGUAAAGUGCAAAAAAAAUGUAUUAGUUAAACUUAAGAUCAUUGUAAACCUCAAAAAUUCUUAAUCACAGUUAUGUUGUUGUUUUUUUCUUUGCUAAAUGGCAACAUGGGACCAACUAUACAGACAAGGACAUGAUUAUCAUAAUUUUGCUUUUCUCAUUACAUUUUUUGUGAAAAUGAGAUAACUUUAGAUAAUCCGAUUUAAAAAUGUCAUUCGAUUUAAUUUAAAGCAUAAAAAAAUGCAGCUGGGAUACAGUGGGCAGUAUUCUAUAUACGCAUCGUUUAGUAUAUAAGUGCGCACUGUGCACACAGUAAGAGCAGUGUGAUAGUUUGCCAUUUUGCAGAUUUGGAUUAUUCCUGCUCUUUCUGACACAGGAUUAAAGAGUUGAUAGCUACCUCCCUGGCUUCUGAACGCUUUCUGCAGAAGUCGUGGUUUGCAUUUAUUUAUUUUGGACAGAGCGUCUUUUUGACAGUAUCUUGAAAAUGAACACAGCCUGAAAAGGUACCAACUUAAACUUAACUCAGGAUAGCAACGAUAUCGGAUUUACAUUUUGUAUAUUAAGAAAAGCCUAAUUUUCCCAACUCCUAAAAUACAUCUGCAAACACAAACAUUGGUAUCAUUGGCCUUAGUAAUAGUGAAUAUGCAAAAUGGAUUUCAAGGGCUCGACUCCUUAAAAUGAAUGUCUUGCCAAUUGUAGUCUAUUAGUCUUAAGACUAAAGGAAGAUUUAUUCAUUUUUCCUUCUAAAUGUUUCUAAACGCAUCUAACGGACCAUUUUGAAACCAAAAUGAGAUUUGCUUCAAAUUUCCCUUUCUAAUAAAUGUUUACACUGUAUUUCAGGGUUUUCUUUGAACUGAUUUGAACAAAAUAUUAAUGACAGUAUGUUGUAUAAAUGUAUAACCAUAGGCAUAUACAUACUGUUUAGCCUUUUUGUAAGACGUGUAUACGCUGUUUUGAGCCAUUUCUUGUAUCGAUGCAGUGCAUCAUAGGUAUUUCCUGUAUUAUUCGUAAUGGAGUACUGCUCGAUAUUGAUGCCAAUGAUUUGUAUUUUUAAAACAUUUGUAACUGUAAAGUGGAUUAAACUUUCAAACUUU